AUGACGGUUGUUAUCGAUGUUAUUUCUAUGCAAUGGUCUAAAUACGCUGGCACUGCUGCUGUCCAAAUCAACUGCACUGCACUGUUCUGGCUCCUGGUGGAGCUGUUUCUUCAGAUCGCUUUUGGUCCGCGAAUCAUAUGGGUUAGGCCGUUGAUUACUUCUCUGCUGCUGGUUCAACAUGUGGCUGCUGAAGGCUAUGUCUCACCUAAUUUGAAAGAGUGA